ACAAUAGUCCGGGGACAAUACAAGAGCUAAGCAAAAGCCAGAAGUCAACAAAAGAAUUACAUUUCAUUUAAUAACAUUAAAAAUAUCGAUAAAUUGUAAAAAGUAACAACAAAAUACGAAGAAUAAUAAGUGAAAGAUUGUCAUAGUUGACUGAGUGGGCUAUUUUUGCAAAGAAAGUGACAGAAAUCGACUUGAUUUGAGCAGUAAACAGCGAUUUGGCGGUGGAAUUGAUUCCAACUUUUGCAGACGACAUCACACCCGUUUACUUUCUCCCUCGCUUGCUUCACCACCGCCGCCAUCAUGCCUAACUCAGGCUUUCAGGGGCAGAUCAACCAGAAAUUCUACGGGACACAUAAGGGGGACCUGGUCCCGCUUGGAGACCGGUAUGUCUCGGGGAACCUCCCAAAUCCUGCAUUUUGGAGGAGAUUUAUUCAAGAACCAGCGUCAAGUUUUGAAAGUUCGAGUCCCAGGGUUCUGACAACGACAGAAGUUCUUGCCCCCAUUCGGCCGAGCAACGUCUACGCCAUGACAAUCACUAAAGACAACAGGUCAACGUCAAAUACUCUACCAAGACUGGAAACGUCAUCAACCCGCUCGACCAAUGAGGGCUCAGACCACGCCCCUUCUCUCCAUCCAAAGAAGCCACCCACCUCACUGGGUAGGGCUCGAGACUCGAACAUACCACUGGUCGCCCUUAACUCGCUCGCUCCUUUUGCCACAACGUACAAACCAACUUGCGGAUAUUUCUUCUCGAGGGCGACAGAUAACAAGAAGAAACAGAUGGGCAUUCCAGCAACAGAUCUUGUGAAAUACCGCUACUAUGUGAAAUAAUAGUUUAUCUUCAAAACACUGGACUUCUCCAAAGUGACUUUUAUCAAACUCUGUAUAUAAUUAGAAAGUAUUACGGACCUAUAUACUCAAAGAGUUGGUCUUUAAAACCACUGUUUAUUGCAUGCUUGCCUGUUUUGAACUGUCUUCCUUCGUGUGUCUUUCAUGAAUAUCUUAAUAUUGUUAUGUGCUAAU